UGUGUUUAUUUCUUUAUUUAGGGGGAGUUGAUGCUUGUUACUAAUGUGAUGGAUCUGCAUUAACCCCCUGCAGUAAUUUAAAAGUCACACAUCAACUUAACUCAGAAACCAUCACGCACUCUUUUUGUGGUCUGCAGCUCUGCGCAUAUCCGCCAGCUGUGCAACACGUAGGGCUCUGCUGUACCACCGGCGACUCAGCUGUGUCAAUCAGCCUCUUCCUCAUCAUAGAGACACUACCGGACAUACUAAUGUGUCUGGAUGAGGAACUAGCAGAGGUGUGGUUGAGUCCUGCUCGCGUUUUGGAUGCAGCUUUUUCUGCAGCUAGUUUCUCAGGAGAAUUAAACUGACAGGUUGGUUUGAUUUGUCAACAUCCAGAGGAAAUAAAGUCAGAUGGUCAGAGAAAGUAAAAGAGGAGGACGUUUUUGAAGAUGGACCCCGACAGUCCCACCGCCAGGGUGGAGAGGACUUUCUGGACAGUUUGGGGCUAUAUAUCCGGAGCUGUGAGCAGAUUCCUCAGGCCAGCGCCCACUAACAUCGCCAGCAAUGACCCGAACUCCAUCCAGGAAUCUGCAGUUGACAGUGAGCCCGCUAACGUUGGUCACACAGAGGGUGACGCCAGCAGAAGGGGGGUCGAUGAGGAACAGCCUGUUGCAGCAGCCUCUCUGCUUAGCUCAUCACGGCCACUUGUCGCCUGGGAUGUUUGCACCACGGACAUCGACUUAGGACCUGAUGAAGAGGGCAUGCGAUACAAAACCCAGCCGAGCAGAGGCAGCGAGAGCAAAGCAUCCGAGGAAGGUGAGGGCACGAGAGAGGAACAGUUCGCCCAAGCGGGACAUGAUGCUGCUGCAGGGCUGCUGGUCGCAAAAGAAGACAAACAAGAAGAAAACGGAGAUCAGAUAUUGAGCACUGGCGGACAAGAUGAGACGCCGGAGAUUGCCGUGUGUGAAGAACAUGCAAAUGCCAGGUCACUUAGACUUACAGGUGAGGCAAUGAGUGAAGACGUAGAAGAAAGCGGAAGAGAACCUGGUGCUGAGGAGGAGACUGAGAGGGCAACUACUCCGGAGGAUCCUCAAAAAAUGGGUGAAACCAUCCAAGUAAAGGAAGCAGACGAUAGAAUGCAGCACGAAGAUGAAGAGGAUUUACAGGCGGAAGACACUGAGGUCAAAAUGUGCCCGAUCACAGAUUUGAGUCUAGAAGAAGUAGAGGAUAGCAUGCACAUAGAAGAGGCGAAGCUGCAGAGGAACGAGGCAGAUACAGCAGUGACGGACGAGGAAGUAGAAAACAGCGAUGGUGUGCCACAGCUGACCUCUGAAAAUGAGAACAAGUCUAACGAGGCAGCAAAACAAGUUGAAAAUCAGCUGUCAGUCUGUGAAGAGUUGUCGUAUGACGACAGAGAUGUCAAGGAAGACCCAGGCUUUACUUCACUUCGCGUUGAAUUACAAACGGCCUCUGACAAAAGUGGCAUCAUGUCCGAGGAUGAACGGAUUGUUGCCGAGCAAGAGCACGCGAUGGCUCAGAGAAGUGAAAGUGAUGAAGUUGAGGAUGCGAGAGAGGAGGAGGAUGAGAGGGAGCAGGGUGCUGUCCUUGAGGAAGAAAAUGUGAGCGAGGCCGCAAACAACCAGACAAGAGAUGAAGCGCCAGAGCAGGAAGACGACAUCGAAACGGUAACAGAAGACAGUCAAGGAGAAGACAUUUUAACUGUUACAUGCAGCGAAGAAGUCGUGCAGAAUGCUAAAGCAGACAAACGAGAAGAAAAACGUGAAGAAAACGGAGAUCAGAUAUUGAGCACUGGUGGACAAGAUGAGACGCCGGAGAUUGCCGUGUGCGAAGAACAUGCAAACGCCAGGUCACUAAGACUUACAGGUGAGGCAAUGAGUGAAGACGUAGAGGAAAGCGGAAGAGAAGCUGGUGCUGAGGAGGAGACUGAGAGGGCAACGACUCAGGAGGAUCCUCAAAAAAUGGGUGAAACCAUCCAACUAAAGGAAGCAGACGAUAGAAUGCAGCAUGAAGAUGAAGAGGAUUUACAGGCGGAAGACACUGAGGUCAAAUUGUGCCCGAUCACAGGUUUGAGUCUAGAAGAAGAAGAGGAUAACACGCACAUAGAAGAGGCGAAGCUGCAGAGGAACGAGGAAGAUACAGCGGUGACGGACGAGGAAGUAGAAAACAGCGAUGGUGUGCCACAGCUGACCACUGAAAAUGAGAACAAGUCUGAUGAGGCAGCAAAACAAGUUGAAAAUCAGCUGUCAGUCGGUGAAGAGUUGUCGUAUGACGACAGAGAUUUCAAAGAAGACCCAGGCUUUACUUCACUUUGCUUUGAAUUACAAACGGCCUCUGACAAAAGUGGCAUCAUGUCCGAGGGUGAACGGAUUGUUGUCGAGCAAGAACAUGCGAUGGCUCAGAGAAGUGAAAGUGAUGAAGUUGAGGAUGCGAGAGAGGAGGAGGAUGAGAGGGAGCAGGGUGCUGUCCUUGAGGAAGAAAAUGUGAGCGAGGCCGCAAACAACCAGACAAGAGAUGAAGCGCCAGAGCAGGAAGACGACAUCGAAACGGUAACAGAAGACAGUCAAGUAGAAGACAUUUUAACUGUUACAUGCAGCGAAGAAGUCGUGCAGAAUGCUAAAGCAGACAAACGAGAAGAAAAACGUGAAGAAAACGGAGAUCAGAUAUUGAGCACUGGUGGACAAGAUGAGACGCUGGAGAUUGCCGUGUGUGAAGAACAUGCAAACGCCAGGUCACUAAGACUUACAGGUGAGGCAAUGAGUGUAGACGUAGAGGAAAGCGCAAAAGAAGCUGGUGCUGAGGAGGAGACUGAGAGGGCAACGACUCCGGAGGAUCCUCAAAAAAUGGGUGAAACCAUCCAAGUUAAGGAAGCAGAUGAUAGAAUGCAGCAUGAAGAUGAAGAGGAUUUACAGGCGGAACACAUUCAGGUAAAAUUGUGCCCGAUCACAGAUUCAAGACUAGAAGAAGAAGAGGAUAACAUGCAAAUAGAAGAGGCGAAGGUGCAGACGAACGAGGCAGAUACAGCGGUGACGGACGAGGAAGUAGAAAACAGUGAUGAUGUGCCACAGCUGACCUCUGAAAAUGAGAACAAGUCUGAAAAAUCUGUUAAGAGGAGAGGCUCUGCAGCGAAGUAG